AUGACGAACCUGCACGGGGUCAGAAAAUACGGCGACGGCUGGCGACCCAUGGACGCCACGGACCUGCGCGUCUACCUAGGGCUGCUGAUCCUAGCGUGCGUCUACAGGUCCCGACCCAUGGACGCCACGGACCUGCGCGCCUACCUAGGGCUGCUGAUCCUAGCGGGCGUCUACAGGUCCCGACCCAUGGACGCCACGGACCUGCGCGUCUACGUAGGGCUGCUGAUCCUAGCGGGCGUCUACAGGUCCCGACCCAUGGACGCCACGGACCUGCGCGCCUACCUAGGGCUGCUGAUCCUAGCGGGCGUCUACAGGUCCCGAGGCGAGGCCGUGAGACCCGCCAGACUCGCCACGGACAAACUCGCAGCCAUACGAGAGGUCUGGGACCUGUGGGAGGCGCGGCUGCCGGCCCUCUACAACCCGGGGCCUGACGUGACAGUGGACGAGCAACUGGUCCCGUUCAGAGGCUGCCGUCCUUUCAGUCAGUACAUCCCCAGCAAGCCGGCGAAAUACGGCAUCAAGUCGUGGGUGGCCUGCGACGCCAAGUCCAACUACGCUUGGAAGAUGCAAGUGUACACCGGCAAGCCGGCCAGCGGAGGCCCCGAGAAGAACCAAGGGAUGCGCGUCGUCCUCGUUCUGACAACUGGACUGACCGAGCUCCCGCCCGCGCUGCUCGAGUCCAGGGGAAGACAGGUCCUGUCCUCCAGGUUUGCCUUCACGCCCACCGCCACUCUAGUGUCCUACCUGGAAAUGAAAAACAAGAAUGUGCUACUUUUGAGCACGCUGCACACAGAGGGCCACAUUAGCGAUCACCGCGACAAGAAGCCGGCCGUCAUCCUAGAAUACAACUGCAACAAGGGCGGCGUGGACAACCAAGACAAGGUGGUCGGCACCUACAGCUGCAGACGGAUGACUGCCCGCUGGCCCCUGGUCGUCUUCCACAACAUCCUCGACGUGUCCCCCCACCAUGCCUUUGUCAUAUGGCGAGAGAUCAAGCCUGACUGGAUGCCUCGCAAGCGGAACAAGCGCAGCUGGGAGCUGGGAAAGGCACUUGUGAAGCCACUGAUCCAAAGAAGGCAGCAUCUCCCCUGCACCGAAGCUGUCAAAGUCCUACAGAGUGCUACGGCGGCGGCUCGUGGUCAACAACGCGAGGGGCCCACCCCUGGCACGGCCGCUGCCCCGGGGCAAGUAAAGAGGAAGAGGUGUCAGCUCUGCCCACCCAAGAAGGACUCCAAGACAUACACGGUGUCAAGUGGAUUUUGA